AUGAGCGUCGUCCACAGCAACGAGGAAUACCUCCCGUCAUCAUACGACAAGGGCGAGAAGGGCGAGCAGUAUGUCUACCAAACCGAAACAGGCGAGGAGAAUGUCAUUCCCAGGGAGGAGGAGACCCAUCGAGCUCUAUCUCCUCGACAGCUCAGUAUGAUUGCCAUCGGUGGUACUGGUCUUGUUAUCGGCUCUGGAACUUCUUUGGCCAGAAGCGGUCCUGGAUCGCUGUUCAUCUCUUAUGUAGUGAUGGGUCUUACCUGUUGUGGUGUCAUGAUGGCGUUGGGCGAGAUGAGUACCAAAUUCCCGUCAAGAAAAGGUUUUGCCGGGCAUGCGACACGCUGCGUUGACCCAGCGUAUGGUUUUGCGACGGCUCUUGUCUAUCUGUGCAAGUACUUGAUCAUUUCUCCAAACCAAAUUGUCGCGGGCGCUCUUGUGAUUCGUUUCUGGAACGACAGCAUCAACGGGGCGGUGUGGGUGACCAUCCUCAUUGCCUUCGUGAUCUCUAUCAACUGUCUUGGUAUCAAAUGGUUUGGUGAACUAGAGUUCUGGCUCUCAUUUAUCAAGGUCCUCACCCUUACCGGCCUCAUCCUCCUCGCUCUGAUCAUCGACCUCGGUGGUGUGUCCGGUCAAGAGAGGCUUGGGUUCCGAUACUGGGAAGACGGCAAGGCUUUCCUUCCUUACAAGACCACUGGCAAUGUCGGCAAGUUCUGUGGAUUCGUCAAUGCUCUCGUGCUUGCUCUUUUCGCGUAUAUGGGUACCGAGUUGAUUGGUGUCACCGUCGGCGAAGCCAAGAACCCAAGGAGGACAGUGCCAGCCGCCAUCAAAAAGACCUUCUUCCGAGUCAUCUUCUUCUACAUGCUCUGUAUCCUCCUCGUCGGCAUGAUCGUCGACUCCCAGUCUCCUCUUCUUGCGCAGGCUGCGAAAAAGGGUACGGGGGGUGGUGCUUCUGCUUCUCCGUUCGUGGUCGCCAUCCAAUCCGCUGGUAUCAAGGUGCUUCCUGCCAUUAUCAACGCUUGUCUCUUGAUCUUCACCAUCAGCGCUGCCAACUCCGACCAAUACAUCGCUUCUCGAACUCUCUACGGUAUGGCCAAGGACGGCAACGCCCCCCGUAUCUUCACCAAGUGCAACUCCAGAGGUGUGCCUUGGGUUGCAUUCAUCUUUACGGGCUGCUUCAUGGGUCUUGCGUACCUCGUUGCGAGCGACGAUGCCUUGAAGAUCUUCAACUACUUGGUCAACACUGUCACCAUCUUUGGAGGACUUACUUGGGUGUCAAUCUUGGCGUCUCAUGUAGCGUUCAUGCGCGGUAUGAAAGCCCAAGGCAUCCCCCGCGAUACACUCCCCUACAAAUCUCCCCUCCAGCCUUACCUCACCUACUGCGCCCUCUUCAUGACUUGCCUCGUCUGCUUCUUCAAAGGCUUCGACGCGUUCAUGCCUUGGGAUUACAAGACGUUUAUCACCAACUAUAUCGGUAUUCCCGUCUAUGUCAUUGGAUACUGCGGGUAUAAACUUAUCCGAAGGAGCAAAGCUGUCAAGAUGCACGAGAUGGACCUCAGCACCGGCGCGCGCGAGUUUGACGAUAUCGACGAGGAUGAGGAGGAAGAGAUGCGCUACAAGAGCAUGACGUUCAAGCAGAAGGUUAUCUACAAGCUCAGGAACUGGUAG